AUGGCAGAAUACACCAUUAUGUACCGAGCGAUUGUGUGGAAGCCUUUCAAGGGAGAGACGGUGGAUGCCAUUGUGACAUCUGUCAAGAACCAAGGAAUCUUCGCUGAAGUAGGACCCCUUACGGUCUUUGUGUCUAAACACUUAAUCCCACCCGAAAUAAAAUGGGAUCCAGACGCGACGCCUGCACAGUAUACAGAUAAUGCCGACCAAGUCAUUGAAAAGGGCACUAACUUAAGAAUAAAAUUGAUUGGCCUCCGAAAUGAUGUACGAAACAUGUUUGCCAUCGGAAGUAUCAAAGAAGAUUACCUUGGGUUCGUCUUCAAUCCAGGGGUGCAUUGA